GACAAGAGCAUCAUUUCUCAGCCAUCCCUCGUAGCGUGCGGACGUGUACGGGGUUGUUUUACUCGCGUUGUGUAUACGUGCAAGCGCGCGCGCGUGUGUGUGUGUGUUAGCGUGUUUUUCAGUGCGCGAGGGAAACAGUGGUGUGCCUUUGUGUGGUGCAACGGGCAGUCUUGCCGCUGGAAGCAACCUGUUCGCAACCUUUUUCUUGCUGACCGCGCCCCCGUCCCAGUACAUUGUACGUUAUUUUUGUUUGUAGCAAAUCCGCUCGGAUGUACAAAGUUGCGUCUGCCACGAACCACCAAACGUCCGGCCGUGAACAGUGCCAACAGUGUGAAGCCGAAGCCCCACAAAAUUGUUUUCGGUCGUGAUUGCAGCUAAAAUCCGUGCCUUUUUGAGGGUGGGAACCGGUUUCUGUUGGCGUGCUUUGAGCGUGUGAUAGAAGUACGAUGACAACAUAGACCUGGCGACGUAGAACUGGCUGCUAGAAGUUCACCAUACGUUCAGAACUUCGAGAUCAACACUCGCCGUUUUGCAUCACCACACAACACGAUCAUCUCCGUUGCACCGUUCAACCCGCUGCAUCGAUCAGCUCUAGUGUUCAUAGCCGAGUGCCAAGCUAAACAGUCACGUCCGGUGGCGAUGGACAUACCGACGUCCAGCCGCCAUGGUGUUGGCCAGUAUGGCCGACAUGUAGUAUUUUUUCUCGCGUGCCUUCAAUUGCUGCCGACGGUCUGGACAGUGGGCCGGUCAUCAUCCGUUACGCUCGAGGCGCGUAUGCGAGACGAUCCCGACCUGUCCGAGUUCUACUCGCUAAUCGAACGCGAUGAAAUCGCCAUGUCCAGGCUGGUUCACCAUCCACUGACAAUAUUUGCCCCCACGAACCAAGCCUUCCAGCGUUACCUCAACAACAAAACGCACCUCAACUACCACAUGUCGUCCACUCCGCUCCGGCUAUCGCAGCUGGGCGAUACGGUGCGUUCGCUCAACGACGACGGUACGCCGCUGUACAUCACGCGCCGCCGGCCGCUGAGCGGCAUGCAGGAGGACCUGUACGUGAACAGUGCGAAAAUUGUCCGGGAGCGGUCGAACAUGGAGUUUAAAAACACCCGCGGCUACACCCAGAUACUGCACAUUAUAGACGAUGUGCUGACUCCCAUAACGACCGUGUUCAACAAAACGCUCGAUACGCCCAAUCCUGAUGCAUGGGGAUUCCUGCAGAGCGUAGAAGCGAUCAACAUUGAGCCGCACCGGGUGAGGUCCUUUCGGAAGAAGAUACUGAACCUGAAGCGCGACCAGGUGUUCAAGAAGUCGGGCAUCUCCACCUUCUUCAUACCGGUCGAGACGGGCUUCAAGGUGCCGCCCAAUCCCACUCUGAGCAUGAUUGACAAGCGGGUCAUCGAUGGGCAUGUCAUACCGAACAAAGCCAUCUUCACAACGCCGGCCCCUUACGGGAAGCCGCUGGAGACGCUCCAGUUUGAGGACGAUCUGAGGGUGACAAUUACCUUCUUCCGGCACGAAACUGGCAAGAAUACACAUCGAGUGUUUGUCGUAUCGAACACAAUGUACUCCAACUCGCGGCUGACACCGGGUGCGGUCAUAGCGGAAAUCGUGAAGCCGAACAUUCCGGUCGCGAACGGUGUGGUACAUCUGAUUCACCGCCCGCUCGUGAUCGUCGAUAUGCACGGGAUGCAGAUGCUUACGGAUAACAGCCACACGCUAUGGUCGAAGUUUAGGGACCUGAUCGAAGACUACGCACCGGAAUUUCUGAACGUCCUGCGGGGCAUGAGCCAGAUGACGUUGUUUGUGCCGCAGGAUGAAGCCGUUGCCCAGAUGAUGCAAACCAACUUCAUGAGCAACCGCAAGAAGCUGCUCGAGGUACUAAUGAUGCACGUUGUGCCAGAUGCCAUAACGAUAGACAAGAUAAAGCGCAAUAACCAGAACCAUAUUUACCAAAUCCCAACGAUGAACAGUCGCCGCUUCCUUUACUUUAACCUGAACGAGAACCGCACUACGCACGACAAAAGCGUCACCGUCGAGGGUGGUGGCGUCAAUGCCUCCCUCGUGCUCGGGGACAUCGCCACUAAGGAUGGCUACAUCCACAUCAUCGACCGUAUGCUGGGUGUUUCAUACAUGACCGUCCAGGAAAAGCUGGAAACCGAUCCGAUGCUAAAUCUUACGUACCACUUUGGCAAGCUGAACCACUUCAACGAUCAGCUCAACAUGACCAACAAGCGGUUCACGUACUUCGUGCCGAGAGACAAAGCCUGGAUCCAGUGGUUCAUCGAACAUCCCGCAGCAAACCUCGACGACUUUGUGCGGAACCGCGAGCAGUCUCGGAUGGUGCUGGAGCAUCAUCUCAUCGUAGCCGAUCGGGUGUUCAGUAUGGGUGAUCUACGCAACAUGUCGCAUGAUUCGCUCAUCCUACCGACUGUCGGGUUGGAGAGCUUGCAGAUUCGCGUAAAGGAGGAAGACAACAGGUACUUCAUCCAGUGGAAGGAGACGGGCCGCUGGACGACAGUGUUCCGUGCCGAUGUAGAAUGCACCAACGGGCUGAUCCACGUCAUCGAUGUACCGUUCGUGCACGAGUACGACAUGAUCACCAGCGACGGCCAUCGCCUGUACGGUAUCGAGCCGCUGACACUGCUGCUGGUGACGGUGCUGACCGCGCUCGGAGCGGUCUAGAGCCGGAACGAAAGGCGAACAGGGAAACAUUGUUUCGUUUCCAGGACACACCCGACCAAUCGUGACGUCUCGAACCGUGCGCUGUGCAGCACACCGUGAGCGAGGAAAAUUGGAUUGUGUGGAGUAUGCUUUUCGUUUCGUUCCAACCGGUUCGACGGAGAUGCGGUGCGAACGAACCGUCAUUUUGUUGCCAAAUACUUGAGUUCGAAAUUGAAACUCUACUAGCAUCAUAGUAUCGAAAUUGUAUUCGUUUUAGAUGUCCCAUUGUACGCGCGUUUGUUAAAUCUAUUUCUCCCUCUCUAUCUAGCUCUUUCACUUAGUUGUAAAGCAAAUAAGUUGCGAUCCAAGAAUCUCGUAAUUAGUGUGACACAGUCCUUUUAAAACAGGCAAUUUAUCGAAUAGGCAGGAGUUUUUAAUUUCAUAAUUACUUCAACGUUACGAUAUUAGUCGGUACGAUUCAGCGACCCGUUAAGAGUGGCUUUUAAUGUGUUCUUGCGUAGUCUUACUGUAUAGUGUUACUGUUCCUUUCUUUGUUUGUUUGCUACCCAAAGCAAAAGCAGCAACAUGUGAUUAGUUUUCGUAGAAUCUGGUUUGCCUAGUGCCUUGUUUCGUCCGCUUUUCAUUCACGCUCUAUCUAUCCGUACCUUUUCCAGUGUGUUCGUGUGCCUUAAUAUACAAAGUUAAUAUACAACCCGAUGAUGGGCCGGGGAAAAUGAGAAACCUGGUACCAUGUUCCGAUAUUUGCCGUACUACCGAAUUGCCUAGUAAAAUGCCUUCCGCAAGCAGACAGAAAUACAAGAUGAAAUCUAAAUCCGAGGAUACCAAACACUACCAACCGCCGAGGUGUAUUGUUGAAACGAAGUAAGAUAGCGAACAAAAACGGAAACAAACAUUUAAAAGAGUGUGCGUGUGUGUGUGUGUGUUUCGUGUGCAAUUGUUUAAACGUAUUUACAAACGUAUUGAUCCGUGUAAGUUGCAAAGAAGCCCAGAUUAGUUUUGGUCUAUGAUAACUCGCAAAAAAGAUAUUUAAAACAUAGUCAUCUUUUGAUACUGCAAAUAACUCUCUUGCUUCUACUACUACCGCCACUAUUACCACUACUAUUUACUACUACUACCACUACUAUUCAUACUUGAAUUAACUACUUCCCUCCCUGUUCUACUAGGCUAACGAUUAUGAUGAAGCUAGGAGCGUAAGUGCGUAUUGCCAAAUUAAGCGCAUAGUAUGUAAGGUGGAACAAACAGGAAACCGAUUUAGCUUGUAGUUUUCUUCACGGGGAGACGCCCUUGAAUUUCCUUGCAUCCCGAUAGCGUGCUUUCAAACUGAGCCUCAAUAUUCGCCUUAUUAGGAGUGGCUGUCGGUAGUGAUUGAAUAUGUUUGGCAAAGUUGGGCAGAAGAGGGAGGUGCGAAACAAUAUAGCAAGACAUUGCUAUUUAAAAUAGCCUUUCCCAUUUCAACGUUGUGUUUGUUUGGCCCCUUAUUAUUAAAACUAGCUCGUGUCAAUAUUCUAGCACGUAAUGAAACAACUACAGAGAAGGAAAAGAAGAAGAAAACAACCGAACCGAUAAUGUAACAGUGUAACCUUGGAUGAAUUGUGCAGACUAAAUAUAAGAACCGGUGCAAUACAGAGCCGAUGACAGACGGAAACCUUCGCGGUCUGCUUUAUUA